AUGGCGCCCCCGAAGAACAGAGUCCGCAAGUUCCACCGCCGUAGCAAAAACGGCUGCUCGACAUGUAAGCAGCGUCACGUCCGCUGCGAUGAGCGCAAGCCACUAUGCACCAACUGUCUCCAGACGGGCAAGGACUGCAUCUACCCCGACCCCGCCACUGAUGCCGAGUCCACUCCAGAGUCUCGGGCCGAGUCCGAGUCGGCGGCCUUGAUCCCGGUCGCGGAGUCGGCUCGCCUCGUCAACGUCCUGUCCCAUCAGCCAUUCGCCGGCUUCUCCGGCGACUAUCAACUCUCGGAAAUGUCGCAAUGGCUCUUCCAUCAAUUUACCAACUUCUAUGUUAGAGGACAGACUCCCGUGGAACGAGGCCAGAAUCUGUGCAGUGUUCAGAGGACUCUGUUGCAUCCAGGUCUGCUUCAUGGCUGCCUAGUGGUCGCGGCGUGCCAGUGGGCCUGGGUCACAGGAUCGCUUGAGCAUGUCAAAGUCCCCUUUCUCUACCACAAGGCAGCAGCAUACGAGUUCGCAAAGAAGCAGCUGUCAGAGUCUGAGACUGAUGUCAGCGACACUGCCGUCUUUGCUAUUGCAACACUGGCACUUACUGAGGGUGCGGUUGGGGACCUUGACGCGUCAUCCAAGCAUCUACGCGGCCUGUAUAGGUUAACACUCCAGAAGAAUGGGGCAGGCGACCGUCUACGCCGUGGUGAAGUCCACGUCAUACACGACGCCAUCAGUGCCGAUUUCCAGCCAAGCAUCAUCGCUUUGCUCUUCACCUCGCUAUGGGACAUGGAGAGCCUACCUCCACGACAGGCACCGAAAUACGGCUGGUGGGAAGGGGCAGAGACCCCAACGGACUUGCUUUGGCAGGACUACACCAAGAAUCUCAACUGGGAGCUAUCCCGUGGCUUUGACCCCGAGCGCAAUAUAGCUACGAUGUUGAACGGUGAUCCUAAGAGCAGCCGCGCGAGUUACAUCGCAACGUUUUUCUACCUCGUCAUGGCGGUGAACGACAGCGAGAUGGACUGCGUCUUAACGGUCUGGCUGCUUGAGCAGCUCAUCGAUGACGUGUGCGACAAAGAAGCAGAGAUGGUGGCAGGCUCCUUCAGCAGGAGUUUGUGGUUCUGGAGUGCCAUGUUUGGUGCGGCCAUUGCCAAUUCAGGCAGGCCCAUUACUGACACAGGCAAGCAACAGCUGGCAAAGUGGAAGGCUGUGUAUGCUGCGAAACUCUCUCUAGCUAGCACCGUGAUGCAUAUAAGCAACUGGGAGCAAGCCAAAGCCGCUCUCGCUGAAGUUGCGUGGACGGACGGAUCGGAUGCCGAAAGUCGACUGCGAGAUAUCUGGCAAGAUGCGAUAUCAGAUCGACAUACACAGACUAAUGUACUCGAUAUGAGUGGUCGCGGUACUGUUUAA